GGCGGAGCCAUCUUGUUUUAUAUCCGUCCUAAGCCCGUUUACCGAGCCAGAGGAAACAGCUAUGGAUUAUAACACUAUUUCCCAAACGUAGACGCGUGAAAUAAAGAAACCCGAGCACCGAACCUCCUUUAUAUUCGACGGAAUAAACCGAAUGGGUGUUGAUUGUGAUUAAUCGGUGCAUUUUCUCUCGCACAUUUUCUCCGGUGUAAGAUACCAUGAAUGGAGGAUAAAUGUUGCCGAAGGCUGACAGCGGUGGUUUUGUGCUUCUCCUCUUCAUUCUGACAGUAACAGACCCGCCAAGGACAGGUCCGCGGCUCGCUCUGGCCAGACUGUUGACAGAUCUGCGCUGCAACCCUGGCCAGUUUGCCUGCCGGAGUGGAAAAUUGCAGUGUAUCCCGUCAACCUGGCAGUGCGAUGGCUGGACGGCCUGCGAGGACAAGAGCGAUGAGAUAGACUGCCCUACUAUAAAAGAGGAACGCUAUCGAUACAGCAAUGGCCUGGAGCCGGUCGAGGACGUCAUGGGGGUCGCUCAGCCCGUGCGCUUCAACAAGAAGUGUCCGAGCGGCUGGCACCACUACGAGAAAACGGCCAGCUGUUAUAAAGUCUACCUGCGCAGUGAGAACUACUGGCAGGCGGUGGAAACCUGUCAGAAAGUCAACGGCUCGCUCGCAACCUUCGGCACCAAUGAGGAGCUGCAGUUCAUCCUCAAGAUCGAGGUGGACUUUGACGAGAACGUGUGCGAACGCAAGGACCAGUGCAAGUUCUGGGUUGGAUAUCAGUACGUGAUCACUAACCAAAACCACACGCUCGAGGGACGCUGGGAAGUGGCUUAUAAAGGGUCCAUGCAGGUGUUUCUGCCUCCGGAGGGUCUUGAAGCCCUCGGUGAAGCCAAUCCCACCCAGGACAAUGUUUUCUGUGCUCAGCUGCAGCGUUUCCAGAUCAAGAGCAUGAAUGAGCGCGGUCUGCACAGCUGGCAUGCAGAAAACUGCUAUAAGAAAUUCCCUUUCCUCUGCAAGAGACGACAGACAUGUGUGGACAUCAAGGAUAACGUGGUGAACGAGGGCUAUUAUUUCACACCUAAAGGCGAUGAUCCGUGUCUGAGCUGCACGUGUCACGACGGAGAGCCGGAGAUGUGUGUUGCAGCUCUGUGUGAGCGUCCGCAGGGCUGUCAGCACUUCCGCAAAGACCCCAAAGAGUGCUGCAAAUUCACCUGUCUGGACCCCGACGGCAGCAGUCUGUUUGACUCGAUGGCCAGCGGGAUGCGUCUGAUCGUCAGCUGUAUCUCCUCUUUCCUCAUCCUGUCUCUGCUGCUCUUUAUGGUGCACAGACUGAGACAGCGGCGGCGCGAGCGCAUCGAGACCCUCAUCGGAGGAAACCUGCAUCAUUUUAAUCUGGGUCGGCGGGUGCCCGGCUUCGACUACAGACCGGAUGCAUUCGGGACGGGCCUGACGCCUCUGCAUCUCUCGGAUGAUGGAGAAGGAGGAGCGUUUCACUUCCAAGAGCCUCCACCACCAUACGCUGCUUACAAAUACCCAGACAUCCACCACCCCGACGACCCACCGCCUCCAUACGAGGCCUCCAUCAACCCCGACAGCAUCCUCUACAUGGAUCUCGGUCGGGCAGGUGUUCCUCUGUCGUCCGGCCACAUGGGCAGCACCUCAGACUCUCUGCAGAGAGAUUUCCCUGCGCCGCCGCUGGCCGUCCCGCCACCACUGGAGGAGCGCGAGGACUCCAUCGACAGCAGCACAAUGCUCGUCUCUCCGGACACACCGAGCGGCUCCGAGGCCAGCAUCACGCAGAGCUCCAGCGCGGACGCACCCUCGCUCAGCACCGUGGUCUAAACCCAAAAACCAGACUUCACAACAGAAGACGUGCACUGGGGGUUUUUACUCCGCGCUUUUUCACGUGUAAAUACUUCCGUCGGCCAUUGGUUAAGUCUUGAGGACGAGUGAUUUUGCACUGGCAAAGACGUUUGUUUGGUAAGGAAACGAGUGGACGUCCCGUCACUGGAGUCCUGUCCUGCACACUGACUCUUUCUGGCACAAAACAAGCAAUGUUAUUUUUUCUUGAGCGCUCCAAACAGACCCUUCAGAUGAUGCGUUUUUAUGAAGGAUCUGUUUGGGUUUGAGCAAAACUGUGUUCUUAAUCUGCAAUUCUGUGACGUCUGCUUGACUUCUUGUUUAUUUUGUCUGUCAGGUCAGUAACACAAACUCUAAAGCUCUAAAAAAAUAUAUAAUAAUAUUUUACAUUGAGGUACGAGUCGGUUUUGGGAUACUUUUAAACACCCUGCUGUGACGUGAUGAUGAUGAUGUUUGUGGAGAAGAUUUCCAUCAAUACACUAUUCGUUUUGUUAACUUUUCAUUUCAUCGAUCAGUUUGGCAUCUAAAAGGAUGAAUCUUAUUAAAAAGGCCAAGAAAUUACUCAUUUCCACCCAAAGCAGAAACAAAAUGUGAUGUUACCUACUCAAACAAGCCCAAAUUAUGUUAACUUGGCUUUAAUGGGCCACAUAUUCUAAAGGAAGUCCCUUUUUCUUUACAGUAAUGCUGGAAAAAAUGUUACAAAUGUGGAUAAUUUCACUAAAAAUGAAUAUUCUGUCAUUAUUUACUCAUCCAACUCGUUUCAAACCUGUUUGAGUUUCAUUCUCCUGUUUAACACAAAAGAAAAAAAAGGAAUGUUGGGAAAAAGGGGGCCCAGCUGGCAUUUCUGUGUGGAGUUUGCAUGUUCUCCUUGUGUUGGUGUGGGUUUCCUCCGGGUUUCCCCCACAGUCCAAACACAUUCGCUAUAGGGGAAUUGAGUUAACAAAAUUUGCCGUAGUGUGUGUGAAUGAGAGUGAAUAGAUGUUUCCCAGUACUGGGUUGCAGCUGGAAGGGCAUCCGCUGUGUAAAACAUAUUCUGGAAUAGUUGACAUUUCAUUCUGCUUUGGCGACCUCUGAAAUAGAGACUAAGCUGAAGGAAAAUGACUGAAUGGAUGAAUAUUGGGGGAGAUCAGCCAUUGACUUUCACAGUAUUUGUUUUGUUCUUACUAUGGAUGUCAGUGGCUGCUCUUAUUUAUCUUUUGUGUUCUUUACAGAAGAAAGAAAUUCUUAUACAUUUAGAACCACAUGAGUAAAUAUGAGGAAAUUUCAUUUUUGGGGGUUGAGCUGUCUCUUAAAACAUAAUUUUAUGGCUUUGUGUAUUACUGUAGUGAGUUACUUUUUUCAUUCUUGUGAUGAUAAUGGGGUUUUUUAAUGGCACAUGGUGUUUCAAAGAAACUACAUUUUCAUUACCGUAAUGCUAAAAGAAACAAUGUUAUAUGUUAUUAUACUGUACUUUUGCAGUCAUAUGCAGUCAUUUGUGCUGCUGAUAUUUGUUAUUAACAAUGUUUUUUUUUUGUUUUGUUUUUUAAAGCGAGGUUGAUUUUCAAUACGUUUAAUAAAUGUCAGGAUUUAUUUUAUUUUUAAGCAUUACAGUAAUGACUGAUUGAUUUCAUUCUGGUAGUGUUUCUUUUUACAGUAAUGAAUCAUUUUUAUUCUGGUAGGGUUUUUUAGUAUUACGGUAAUGACUUUUUCAUCUUUCUGGUGGAGUUUUUUUUUUUUUUGAGGAAAUUAGUAUUUUUUUUCAUUAUGGUAAUGACUUAUUGUCAUCUUUCUGGUAAUGUUUUUUUCAUUUACGGUAAGGACUUUUUCUCAUUCUGGUAGUGUUUUUUUCAUUAUGGUAAUGACUUUCUAAUUCUGGUAGUGUUUUUUUUUUCAUUACGGUAAUGACUUUUUCUCAUUCUGGUAGUGUUUUUUUUUUCAUUACGGUAAUGACUUUUUCUCAUUCUGGUAGUGUUUUUUUUCAUUACUGUAAUGACUUAUUGUUAACUUUCUGGUAGUUUUUUUUCAUUACGGUAAUGACUUUUUCUCAUUCUGGUAGUGUUUUUUUUCUUUAUGAAAAUGAGUCAUUCUGGUAGUGUUUUUUUUUUCAUUACGGUAAUGACUUUUCAUUCUGGUAGUGUUUUUUAUUACAGUAAUGACUUAUUGUCAUGUUUUUGGUAGUGUUUUUUCAUUACUGUAAUGACUUUUUCUCAUGCUGGUAGUGUUUUUUUUCAUUACUGUAAUGACUUUCUCAUUCUGAUAGUGUUUUGUUUUAAAUUACUGUAAUGACUCAUUGUCAACUUUCUGGUAGUUUCUUUCAUUACGGUAAUGUCUUAUUGUUUUCAAUUUGGUAGUGUUUUUUAUUACGGCAGGGGUGUCCACACUAGGUCCUGGAGGGCCAGUGUCCUGGAAAAUUUAGCUCCAACCCUAAUCAAACACACCUGAACCAGCUAAUCAAACUGUAUUACUGUAAUGACUCAUUCUGGUAGUGUUUUUUUUUUUUCAUUACGGAAGUUUUCAUUCUGGUAGUGUUUUUUAUUACCGUAAUAACUUAUUGUUUUCAUUCUAGUAGUGUUUUUUUCAUUACCGUAAUAACUUAUCGUUUUCUUUUUGGUAGUUUUUUUUAGUUUUUUCAUUACGGUAAUGACUUAUUGUUUUCAUUCUGGUACUGUUGUUUUCAUUACAGUAAUGACUUAUUUUUUCAUUCAGUAGUGUUUUUUCAUUACGGUAAUGACUUUUUUUCAAUGAAAUAUUUUUAUGUUGGUAGUUUUUUUUUCAGCAUUACAGUAAAGAAUUAUUGUUUUCAUUCUCAUAGUGAUUUUUUUUUUGCAUUACAGUAAUUGUUUCCAUUCUGGUAGUCAUAGUGAAUUAUUUUCAUUCUGGUAAUGAUUUUAUUUUAUAAAUUGAAAAAAGAUUCAUCCAAAAACUCCACCAGUACUAUACAUUUUUGUGUGUGUGUGUGUGUUUGUUGAAUGUAAACGUUUCACAAAGCUAAAUUUUGUCUGUCAGACUGAUCUCAAACAGUGUGCUCAAGCAAAUCACGCUGUUUGUAAUUAAUACUUCAUGUUGAGCUCCUGAUUUUUGGAUUUGUGUGUUUGGAAUAAUGAGGUGUAUGUUCUGUGUGUGAGUUGUUCGCACCUAGAACAAGUCAAAUGUCUUUUUGAUGUAAAUCACUAACAAGUAAAGCAUUUGUUACUUGAUGCAAACUAAAUGGGAGCGUGUAUUUGCACACGCAAGUGCAUAAAUGUACGUAAAAGCAAGACGCUUUGUUUUUCUUUAGUUUUAGUCAAUUUUCAAUUCACAGACUACUUAGAUUUUCCAUUAAACAUAUAUUUCACUCACUUGAAAUAAGCUGUCCAAAUGGAAAAAUAAGUUAUGAACUCAAGGUCGCUGAAAUGAACACUCUUUUAUGGACGUUGUUGUUAUUAUUCAGACUUUUGUAGCAUAUGCACACUUCUUUUUCCUAAAUGGAAAUGCAACAAAAAGCCCAAAACAAAUGACAAUCAGGCAUUUCAUACAAAGGAUGUUUUGGCACAACAUAAGCCUCAAGUGUAAGUGUUGUGCUUAAAAAAAUAAUGCAAAGACGAGUAAAAAAAAACUAAACAGAUCCCAGUUUCCAUCACCAGCACCGAAAUAAUCAGCCGGAGGUUUUCCAUCAUCCAGGUCAAUGUUCUUUCACUGUACAGUCUUUGUUUUUACAUUUAAUUCCAGGGUUUCAUCGGCACAGACAAUCCUGUGAACGUCUGUUUGCGUUAUUUUUGUGUGUAUGUGUGUGUGUGUGUGUGUGUGAACUGUAAAAGUUGGCAUGAAUGUUUUGCAGAUGUGUGGUUGCAUGUUUUACUCUUUUUGAGCAUGCAGAGAGGACUCUCUUCUCUUCUGCUGAUGUUACUUCAUUUCUGCUAUGCUUACAGACUGAGCUUUGAUACACCGGUACAUCCCAAUCCUCUUCCCAGCUCUCAUUUGCAGAUGUUUGUUUUAUUUAAUAAUUAUAAUAGCAAUGAAAAAAGUAGACAAUUCUAGAUAGACUUUAUGGUGCAAUGAGGAGAAAAUAAAAAGCAUCAUGAAUUGUUUUCUGUAGAGUGCAGCAGUUGGUGAAUUUGUCGAUUCUUGAUUGUUAUUUUUUUUAAUGUCAUGUACUGCUUUUUUCGUCAGAGGGCUUUUGUUUUUCUUUAUUCUGAAGUAGAUGUACAUCUAAUCAAAUGCCAAAUAAAUUGUACAAAUGAAGCACA